AUGGCGCAGCCACCUCGGCUUCCGUUCUUUGUCUAUGGCACUCUCAUGAAAGGUUUCCGCAACUUUGACAGACACGUGGGCAAAUACGCGUCCGCGCGAUUCCUGGCCCCGCGGGGAUCGGUCGCCGAUGCGUCGCUCAUGCACUUCGCCGCAGGAUACCCUGGAAUGUACCGCGGCGGCAGUGGCGUCGUGUAUGGCCAAGUGUUGACAGCCGACGACCCGCAAGAAUAUGACCAACUUCUGGAGGGUCUGGAUGCCCUGGAAGAUUAUUACGGUGCCGACCACCCAUCCAAUGAGUACGAACGUGUGCAAGUCGACGUCACGUGCGGCACUGAGAGUCUUCUUGCAUGGACGUACUUCUGUGUCAUUCCUUCCGACACUGCCGUGGACGUUGUCUCGAGCGGUGACUGGCGCCAGUACAUGACAGAACGUCAACUCCAAGACAUUUAA